AAAGCAUAGCUCUGUAAUAUCACGCGUCAGGUUCUCUGCUGUAUUUCCUUUCGCCGCCCUCAUCAACCAAGAACCAUGGCUCGCCGCUCCGGAGGAAGGCCAGCUCCUCGUGCAGCUCCUCGUGCUGCACCUGUGCGCAAUCCCCCACAACAAGCAAGCCAUGCUCCUCCUCCCGCUCCUGCUCAGGGUGGCAGUGGUGGAUCCAUGCUUGGAGGUCUUGGUGCCACUAUAGCUCAGGGCAUGGCUUUUGGUACUGGUAGUGCGGUCGCACACAGGGCUGUUGAUGCUGUACUUGGUCCUCGCACUAUUCAACAUGAAACUGUUGCAUCGGAGGCUGCUGCUGCUGCCCCGGCACCAACCAUGAACAGUUUCGGUAGUUCAGAUGCAUGCAAUAAUCACUCCAAGGCCUUCCAAGAUUGCCUGAACAACUAUGGGAGUGACAUCAGCAAAUGCCAGUUCUACCUGGAUAUGUUGUCCGAGUGCCGGAGGAACUCUGGUUCUAUGAUGGGCGCCUAAGUGCUAGCCCCUUCCUUUGCAUUCCAUGAGACUGGAAGAUUCAUUUUAUUUUGAACUUUCAUAUCCAUUUGUCAUGUUUGCUUAGGAACAACUACCUCCAUGGUAAGAAUUUAUAUUAAUAAUUAAUAAUAUCUGUAGACAACUA